AAGAGUGUACAUUUUGAACAUUUACUGCCUCCAUGACUAACACCUGUUGCUGUAACAUUGCGUGGUCGACGUAAUCAUGCAACGCAACAAUGCGCCGAUAUGGUAUGAAGUCGUAUUGUUCGCAGUAUUUGUGUUUCUCUUUUUGGGUGUCUGAAAAUUUCACAUUCAGCUACAUACUAGCUCACCAAGACCGCCUACACGGGACGUGGAGCUUUGGUUUCGUCGGUACAUAACGUACGGCGAGUUUUGAGUCAGUCGCUUGGGCGGUGUGGACGCGUGAGACUCGCUCUCCGUGCGUCCGUCGUGUUCAACAUCCAACCGUGACGCGUAAACACGACAAGACAUAAUAAAAAAAUAAAUAGUACGCUAAUUAUUUUCAAAACAAAUACAGAAGUGAUAACUUUUAUUGAUUACAUGGACAGAGUGUUAUUUUAGAAGUAUUCUUUCAGUAGUUUUCAUCCAAAGAAUGUAUAAAGUUUUACUACGAAAGUUGAGGAAAAGUUUAUGAAAGAAGAGGAUUAAUCAUCGGACACUUCUGAAAAAAGUGGUGGCUAACAGUGAUGGGGCAAGCCUCGACGGGGACAGCGACGCGGUCGCACGGUUGACCCGCAGCUUGUACCCAAGGGCUUUCAACAUGAACGACGUACCAGUCAACACUUACACUGUGGACACGCGAAGAAUGCAGUUAUACUCGCACCCCCAUGUCCAUCCAACGGAGUUAUCCAUACACGCGAUGUCGACACAAGAGCUACUGAAGCCGAAGGACGAACCGUUGUAUUCGCUGGCACCUUCCAACAACCACUGUUCAGUCAGCUUGCACCAUCCAGGGAGUCCGCCGUACGAGAGCAGGAUAUGCAUGCAAGAGACCAAUAGCCCCGAUGCACCGAACAGUCAAAGUGUCAAAGGAGAGGAAGAACUAUCACGAGUGUAUCAAACACUUACGUUGCCGCAACUGUCCAGAGAUGACAACAAUAGUUCAAAUAACAGUGUUGAUUACAGUAAUGAAACUAAAAGUAAACCAAAGACCACGGCUCCACCGAGUCCGCGCAACGCAGAGAUGAAACCUCAGUCGACAACGCCCACCACCUCGCAAGCGUUGACCAAACCCCCUUACUCCUACGUGGCUCUGAUCGCGAUGGCGAUACAAAACAGCCAGACCAAACGAGCCACACUCAGUGAAAUAUACGCUUACAUCACGAAAGAGUUUCCAUACUUCGAGAAGAAUAAGAAAGGCUGGCAGAAUUCCAUAAGGCACAAUCUCAGCCUAAACGAAUGUUUCAUAAAAGUUCCAAGAGAAGGCGGUGGUGAAAGAAAGGGAAACUACUGGACUCUCGAUCCGCAGUGCGGGGAUAUGUUCGAAAAUGGAAACUAUAGGAGGCGACGACGUAUGAAGCGGCCGUUUAGAGCUACACCCUAUUCGAAAACUUUGUUCGGGGAUGGGUACCAUGUGGCGCAUGUGGCACAGCACGUUCCUUCGCACGUGCAGCCCCUGCCACUAGGAGCCAGAAAUUACUUCGGUUCAGGAUCACCGUACCCACCAUCCUACCCAAGAUAUGACACUGCGUGGCUGACGCAGUCUACCCCCGGCCUGGGCUACCCCAGCGCUUGUGGCAUGGGCCGGAGUCCUCCUGGCUGCUCACCCCACAGCGCGAUGCCACACCAGUCGUCGCCGGUAUCCGUCAAUCCGUUCGCUACUCACCAGUUACAAGGACAGUUACAGAAUCCGUUGCAGCCUAUGCAAUCCAUCCCAAUGAAUAGUUACAACCCCAUUGGUGUAUCUGCUCUUGGUCCUGAAGGAUCAACUAGUCCUGGCCCUGGGUAUACGCCCUCUUCCGGUGGAUUCUCGCCGAGUCGACAUCACGACAUCGUCACCUCGUCUGAUGCAGCCGUCUCUAGAUUUCCUUUCUGGACUGAAGAAUACGUAUUCGCAGGUGGAUCACCCAGUCCGAACACCGGCUACGUGCCCGCCAGCAGCUUCUCGCCCACUAGGCGUCACGAGGCGGUCACCUCGUCCGAUUCCCCUUCAUCACGUUUCUCCUAUUGGCCAGAAGUGGUUGGAGUCAAGGAAGAGGCUUCAUCUAGUCUCAUUUCGAAUGGCCCACCGUAUUCUAAAUGUUUUAUGUAAAUUAUUUCUAGAGGGAAACACAAGACUAUUAUUAUCCACGAAAUCUGUUGCACUCAUAGUAAUGUAAGAUUCAAAUGGAUAAAUUGACUGUAGAAUAAAAUUGAUGUUAUGUUUUAUUCGGUGUAUAAAUGUGCAUAUUUAAAUGAUUGUAGAAGUGUUUACUGUUAAGUCGAAUAAUAAGCAAUGAAUCGUAUAGCAAUACAGCUUUUCAUAUUUGCCAUAAAAGAAGCAGUUUUGCCGAAACAAAACAAAUAUCGAAUUUUACUGAGGUUUACGUCUUAAUUGUGCAAUGUACUUUGUUCAAUACUUUGUUAAACUUCAUGAUUAUUAUGUUAAGUUUAUUGUCUUUUGACAGCCAAAUUUUAAGAAUUGUUAACGAGGUGUUUUUAGUGCCUCGCGAGAAAACUUUACUAGACUGUAGUCACUGAAAUUUCUCUGGCUAGUACUAGCCUUGUGGCUUAACGGCGCAAUACUGAAAGAUCAUUUAAUAUUUGAGAGUUAAAAAGUUACCGUUAAAGGUAAAACAAGGUAAAUGGCGUCGAUUUCUAGUGUAAAAAAAGCAAACGUUCGUAUUUGAAAAUUGGUCCCGAAGAUAUUAAUUUUUUGGGCUUUUUUGGCAUGUACUUUACUAGCUAAAAGGCUUUGGCGUGUUUUAAGCUAGAUGUACUUAGCAGAACAACUUUUAAUAAAUGCUUGUCAAUAUAACUAAAAAAAAGUUUUCUUUACCACUUUUACUGUGUUCAUAUUGGUCACCUAAAAUUUUUCGGAUCUUUGGUGCUUAGACUAGUUUCAGCCUUUGCACAUUCAAUAUGAUCAGCUUCAGAAAAUUGAGUGAGGUUUCAGUAUUCAGCCGAAUAGUUUGAAAAUUAUGUACUUUUUAUGUUCUUAUAAACUCAUGUCCGCUUACGCGUUUAAAAUAAAUACCACUCUAAAGACUGUUGUUUGCCAAGUAAUAACAUAUUGAAGUUUGGAGUUUUAAACAUGAUUAUGUAUGUUCUUAUCCUUAUAUCUUGCUUUGUAGCAAAUAUUUGUCUAAACGAAAAUGUGUGCUAUAGAGGAAUAUGGGAAUGGGGAUGGGUUAGACAAUGAAGAAUAUUGUUAUUGUAAAUAGAAUGCAAGUGAAACAAUUGAUUGUAAAUGAAUUUCAUGGCCCGUUAAAGAGGUUGAUAUUGAAAUAAGUUGUAAUUAAAUUUUUACAGCGACCUGAUUAAACUUACCGAGUGAUGAAUGUUGUAAAUCGUUCCAUAUGCUACUGUUUCUUUUUAUUUACUGUUAUGUAUACAUGAUUGUCUUAGAUUACUUUUUCUAAAUUAUUAUUUUUAGAUAGAUGUUUAUUAUAAUAAAGUAACUGUAUUUAUUUAAUGUCAGUGUGAGCUCAACUUUGAACGCCACACCUUAAUAAAUCACAUUGAAGUCUUCUUAUUUUUUUAAGUUGGUUUGCUUACGAGAUAUUAUAUUUCGUAUUAUUUUGUUAAUUUUGGAUGUAAAUUCUUUUAACGUAUAGUAACCUAAAUAGUCAGUAGUUUGUCAUAAAAUAGUUACAAUAAAUGUCUUUAUUACAGUAAUAGAUAUCGAAUUAGAUAAAUAAAAUGCAAAUUGCUGAGAUUGAACUUAUCUUAUUUCGAGUACUUUGUUCUGAGACUACUGCAUGUCCCCUACACAUGACAUAAUAUCUGUGGUGAUUGUGAACACUCAAUACAACAAUGGAUUUCCUCUUUACAGAAGUCUGGAAUAGUUUUAUUCUUAUUAUUGCUUUCUUUAUAUUCUUUCAGUAUACGAGGUUUUCAAAACUCCAGGGUUAGUUAGAGGAUAAGGGCAAUGAUAAUCACUGAUUUUGCAAGUAUCCGUAUUCUAUGGAAGCUACUUACCACCAGGCUGUUGUUUUUCAAUAUAAUAACAAAAUGUGUGAUUUAUAAAAAUGUUUCUUUGGUUGAACGUGCUAAUCUCUUAACGCAUUUAUUAACAGAGGGCACUGAUCAGACAAAUAAAACCGUGGGGAGUAGCGUAAUAUGAAAAAAUACGUGUAAUAAAACUUCUAAUAUAAAUCAGCAACUUGUUUAUUCACCUUUUCACCUUCCACACUUUGGCUGCUAACAAUGCUCUCUUUCAAUUCAUACCAGUAUGGACAUCUUGAAAUCCUCACCGGAAAAAUCAUCGAAAACAAUUCAUCGAAUUACAAUUCUUCGAACACAAUUCAUCGAAAAAAUAAUUCGUCGAACAACAAUUCUUCGAACGGUAAUUCCCCGAAAAACAAUUUCAUGCUUUUUAUAUUUCAUAUUAUUAGUGACAGAACCGAAGUGGGGCGGGGGG